CUUUUUUUUAUCUUUAUUUUUUGUUGGUUUUCUUGUAUGAAUUCUUAAACAUGUUUUUUUUUUGUUUAACUUCAACUUUUUUUUACAAUCAAAUAUCUUUAUUUUUGGUAGAAUAUUUCGUUUAAGUUUUUUAGAGCGUUGGAUCAAUAAUUUCAUCAAAUUAAAUAAUUUAAAGAUGGAAAGGCCUGGUUCAGAUCUUGACAGCGAUGGAGAACUUAAAGGAGGCACUAAGGUGGUGAAUAGAAGGAAACUAAAAAAGGUUAUUUGACACUUAAUUUAGAUGACUAGUUAAAUAUGAAUUUUUGGUUACCUUUUAAUUUCUGUUCCUCGGAGGCAAAGGAAAUUGCUAAACAGAAUAAGCCUUCAACGUCAAGGCUUAAUGUUCGUCAAUCAAACCGUGGAGGUCGUCAAGGAUCUUUUAUGUCUAAAGCAGAUUCAAAAAAGACUGGAAACACAAUUGGUGGCAAGGACAAACCUCAAAAACCGCCAACUUCUUUAAAAUCUAAUAGUAUUGAAACAAAACCAAAUUUGGUUCAUUCUCAAGUAAAAAAAUCUGCAAGUGACAACAGUUUUGUCCAAAGUUGUUCCUGGUCAUCAAUCGUUAACUCUUCGAAUAUAUCUCAAAAGUUGACUGAGAAACAAAGUGCUGUUAAUAAAUUAAUCAAGCCUGUAUUAAAUGUUGAUUCUUCAAUGAAUAAACAGUUAUCGAACACUAUGAAUAAUGGUUACUCAGAAAAAAAUGUUUCUUGCAAAGCUAACACUGUUGUGACUACAAAAGAGGAUCCUUCAAUAAAAAAUGUUGAUGAUUCUAAUAGAGGCGGUUGUUUGGCUUCGGAGAAAUCUCCGAUCUCUAAUUUGGUUAUCAAAAAUACAGAAACAAAUAAACGGAAAAAACCAGAGAAAAACAUUUUGGCUGCUAAAGAAAAUUUAGAAAAUAAAGAAAAUGACCCUUUGAAUUCACAAGGAAAUGUUCGACUUCUGGCUUCAAGUACUGGUUCUAGUAAUGCUUCUUCUGAGGAAACGCCUCGUAAAAGAUUUUAUAAAGAAAAUCUUAUUAUGUGUUACUCACAUAAUUCAAUGGUAUAUGGAGUGGAAUUUAAACGUGAACAUACUCCUCAAAAAAUAUCCGAAUUGUUUGAUGUAUAUGAAAAUAACUAUUCUAAAACAAAAGAAAAGGCAGAGAAAUAUAUUAAAUUGGAAGAUGCAUAUAAAUUGCUCAAAAGGGAUGAGGUUACUGGCAAAACUUUUGAGGAAUUAAUGGUUGCCGAUUCGAAUUACUUUUAUGAGAAAAUUCAUGAUUUGAUUAUGACAAAAGUUAAAUGUUCCACCCAGGAUGGAAAAGAAAAGAUGGUUUAUGUGUCUUCUGAUAUGUACAUUAAAAGAGCUAGGAAGUUUUUGUUUGGUGAAGAAAAACGUGAUGAGGGUCUUGCUUCCGAAGCAAUUUGGGGGGCCUUUGUAAUUGAAGUGGCUUUGUUUUACAAGGAGUUUAAGAUUUUGCUUAAAAGCCAUAAUUCGUCGCAGACUUUAGCACGUUUUGCCGCUGAAUGGUACUAUAAACAAUACCCUUCCACACAUUUCAGAAGUAUCAUCAGACACAUGAAUAAAGCUCAUCAGAAUUACUACACGGGGAAUGCAAGCACGGAAGAAGUAUACGAGUUUUUAGAUUACGUCGAAGACUUUUGCAUGCAUUUCAAAAAAAUUGAUAAAGAAGUUUUCAAAAAGCAUCUUGAGAAAUUUCUUCCAACAGAUAAAGCAACAACAAUCGAUUCUAUUUUUUUGAAUAAAAAGUCUAUUGAGUCGAAAAUUGGUGGUUGUGGUCCUUAUUGGUUUGAGUACGUGGCUACUGAUUAUGAAAUGAAAGAUGAGCAAGACAAUGAACAAUCAAAAGGAAGUGCAGAUGGUGGAGAAUGUUCUACUUCAAUGACUACUGGAGCUGAACGAGCUGGAGGAAGUCAGGUUGCUGGUAGAGGAAGAAAUGAAUGGAUAUCUGGACGUGGUCUACCUGUCUGUGGAAGUAAUGAUUCUACAAGAGGAAGUAAGAGUUGGAAUAAUGUCAUAAGUAGAGGAGCAAUUAAAAGAGGAGGAUCACGUUAA